GAACAAGCAAAUCAACCAUGCACGAAAUCUGUGGGAUCGAGCAGUAACAACUUUGCCUCGAGCUACGCAAUUCUGGCUAAAAUAUUCGUACAUGGAAGAACUGAUCGGAAACGUUCCUGGAGCAAGACAGGUUUUCGAACGUUGGAUGGAAUGGGAACCUCCGGAGCAAGCUUGGCAAACUUAUAUCAAUUUUGAAUUGCGUUACAAGGAACUUGAUCGCGCACGUUCCAUCUGGCAGCGAUUUCUCCAUGUGCACGGAUAUGACGUGAGGCAUUGGCUGCGUUAUGCAAAAUUUGAAGAACGGUUUGGAUAUAUCGGCAAUGCCCGUGCUGUAUAUGAACGGGCAGUGGACUAUUUUGGCGACGAGCAUUUAAGUGAAACGCUGUUGAUCGCAUUUGCGCAGUUCGAAGAACGACAGAAAGAGCAUGAAAGGGCGCGGUUAAUAUACAAGUACGGAUUAGACCAUCUGCCAGCCGGGCGAACACCUGAAAUUUAUAAAUUUUAUACAAUUCACGAGAAAAAAUAUGGCGAAAGAACCGGCAUAGAGAAUGUGAUCGUUAGCAAACGUCGUCAUCAGUACGAAAAGGUUUGUGUUCAGAACAGCUCAUUCAUAAAUGAUAAUUAGGC